AUGAGUAGUGUUAGAAGUGGAUAGUAAUUAGAAAAUAUGUAUUUAGCAUUGGUUGAUAAAUAUGGAUAAGUUGUAUAAAUAGACAGCCAAAAGAAAACUUAGUUGUAGGGCUUAACUGAUAUCACCUUUGAUCUUAAGAUAGAACUUAGAGAAUGCUAAAUUGGAGAAUCAUUUACAGACUCAGGAUAGAAUGUCCUUAAGAAAAAGCAAUCUGCUUAGGAGGCUCAAAAAUUGGUCCUAAACCCAAUUAUUGGAGAAAGAGCAAUUCCACAGAUGUAUUUAUAAAGUGUCUCAGGCCUUUAUCAUGCGAGUAAUAUUUAUUUAUUUAUUUUAUCUAGAGGAAUGAUUAAACCAUAAAACAAUCCUUAAGGAGCUGUUGCAAAACGAAAUAUCAUAUCAAUAUAUUCAAAGAUUUUAAUGAACCAUUUGCAAUUGAUUAUGCUCUCAGCCUAAUUUAACUUCUAAUGGCCAAAGGAAGUUGCAGACUUUUAUUCAUUUGCAUCUCCCGUUUCACAAGUUUCUUAGCAGAUAAUUUCAAUAGAUUGCUUUGUUUAAAAUCAAGUGUAUGAUGAAAAUUAAAAGGUCAAGUUUAUGGGAUUUAAAAGAGUCUAUUUUAUAAAAGUAGCUUUAAUGAGUUCAGCACCCAUAAUAUUACUUAUUAUAUGUUAUGCAGUUUGGUAUGUGAUUUCUUUGGCUCAAAGACAAAUGGCAUUAUUAAGAACUAAAGCAAUAUCUAGUUUGGUGAUUCUAUUAUUUUUUGUGCAUCCAAAUAUAGUGUAAUAGAUGUUUGAUGUGUUUAAUUGUAUUGAUAUUGAUGGGGAGACUAGAUUAAAAAAUGAUCUUGAAAUUAUAUGCUAUUAAGAUACUCAUAGAAUUUGGUCAAUGAUGGUCUCUCUCACAAGUAUAAUAGUCUGGGGUCUGGGAAUUCCAAUAUUUGCGAUGCUUUUGCUCUUUAUUGAAAGAAAAAAUUUAUAAAAAUUAGAUACAAAGCAGAAAUAUGGUUUUUUGUUUAAUGGCUAUCGAAAAGAAUUCUAUUAUUGGGAAGGUGUCAUUAUGUAUCGAAAGAUAGCCUUGAUUUUUAUCUAAGUAUUUAUUGGUUCUUUUGGGCUAUUAGUUUAGGCAUUAUCAGUUUUGUUAUUCUUGAUUUUAGGAAUUGUUAUAAAUUUGAAACUUAAACCACUUUCAACUGUUGCUUUAAAUAACAUAGAAUUAAUCUCACUUUUAGCAUCAAAUAUUACAAUUUAUAUCGGUAUUUUCUAUAUAAUGAACUCACAGAUAUAAACCAACUCUUAAACCUAGUCCAAAGACUAGUUAAAAUCUCUCAAAAAGGCUUACUAGAGAGGAGAAAUAAUGCUUAAUUAAUAAAUUCUUGAAAGAAUUAAAGUUUAUCUGGACUUAAAUAAUUUCAAAUUAGGCAUAGGCAUGAAAAAAUCUGAAGAAUAUUCUGAAACAGAAAAAAUUAGGUUAGAACGAAUUGAAAAAGAUUAGCAAAAGUAAAUAGCAUUGGGUAAAACAAAGACCUUUGUUGAUAAAAUCUAAAUUUAAAAUCUUAAGAAUAAAGAAGAUUUUCUAAUAAAGAACAUUAGUAUGGAUUUUGAUCCAAAUGAAACUAAUGCCUUCACAAAUAGAAAUUAAAAUAGCCUGGAUAGUUCAAAAAGAUUUUUACUCUCUAGUACAAGAGAGAAAAAAUAAUAUAAUCAAGAAGAUGCAGAAAAUUUUGAAAAUAAAGAUUAUCAAACUUUAAAUUCAACAAUAGAGAGAGCAAAUUCCUCUGGUCAAGAAGAAAUUACUCUAGAUAAUGGAGAUAAAAUAGUUUAACUUGAGUCUUAUAGAUUUAGGACUCAGAGAAAAAUAAGCUAAAUUUCAGGAAAACGAUUAAUUGAGGAAAAAUUAAUAUAAUCGUAAACAAAAUAUGCAUAAAUUAAAAGAUCUACAAAAAAAUCAAAGGCAUAGUUAAAAAGGGACAUUGAUAAGAUUUAAGUAUUUGAAAAGGAAAAUAUAAGCAAAGUCAUUUAGCAACUUCAGGCUAUUUAAAAAAUAUAAGACAGAGAUAGGUUACAUGUGAAAAGAGCGAAGAAAGCAAAAGUUAAGCUUAGUAGUUAUAUUAGGAAAAAACGAUUACUUCAAUCUUUGAAAAGAAGCUUAGACGAAAAGAUAAUGAAUCAUUAGGAGGAUUUAGAAAAUGAAUAAAUUAUUGAGAACAAGAAUGAACUUAAACUAAGAGACAAUAAUAACAGAGUGAAAAUUAUGAGGGAGAUGAGCAAAAUUACAAAUUUCGAGUUAGAUCUGAGUUUAAUGAACUAAUCUAAUGAUAAUGUAGAUUAUGAGGAUAUUGAUCGAAUGGAUUCAAAAAUAUUCAAGAUAAGAAAAAGUAGUUUAGUAAAGUAAAAUACAAUAGAUAAUAUUGAGAGCUUUCUUGAAAAUAAAGAUGGAUCAAUUGGUAAUUAUAUUUCUAAGCAUGAGGAAUAUAAAACUGAGAAUCAUUAAACUUCUUGCUUGGAUUAAUCCUUGAUUGAUUCUAGUGUAAGAGAGCAAUAAGAAAUGGAGUUUAUAACAAUUGAUAAUGAGGAUUCAGAUUAAUUAAAUAGGAUCAAGAGUUUAUUUUAAAAACAGCCUACUAUUAUAAAGAAAAAAUAUUAGAUUUGA